CUCUCACUCCUCUCUGAUUGUCUUCUUUCAUUCCCGCCACUGUGAGUGAGCCGAGCUGGAUCGCACCGAGUGAAGUCCCUGAACGCAUCACCGCUCUUGGCUGGGGGGGGCGAUGGAGCCGUGAGCCGAACCGAGGGGCGAUGCUGCUGAGUGAAGAAGACUCCUCUUCCUCCUCCUCCUCUUCUUCUUAUUCGUCUUCUUCAAGCGCACGUUCCUGUGCUGUGGGCUGCGCGUGCACGCCGAGCAUGGAGACCAGCUCGUGCACGGGAUGCUGCCGCCGACGCACGCGGAUGGCGCGCACGUCACCGUCGCUGCUGCUGCUGCUGUUGCACUUUAUCUCCGUGCAUGGAGUCGUCACGGCGACCAACACCACCGAACUGGCCGCCGCCCUCAACGGGACCCUCCCGCUCAGCGAGCAGGAGGGUCCCACCGAUGUCGGCCGUGCCGUCACCACGGAAACCGGACCCGGCGCUUCUGUCACUGUGACGCCCAGGGCGGGCCGGGUGGUCCGGGGCGGUGGCGAGGAAGAGGAGCUAAGCAGCGGCAUGUUUGGUGAAACGGCAGUGCCGGAAGCGGGUGGCGCCAAAUCACCAUCUCAGAUCAGCCUUGAUUCAGCGGAGACGGAGCUGCUGUUGCCGGGCAACCGUCUGCCAGCCGACGUGGUGGAGGAGGAGCCUCCGCCGCGUAGUGACCCGCCGUGGAUCAACGCCAAAGACACAGCUGUGUUCGACCUGGACCGACCAUCCACUGACGCCCCGCUGCCUCCAGCCACCAACGCCGCCCAACCCGACGUCCUCCACGUGGACUUUUUCGAUCCUGCCUCCCGUGGACGUCAACUGGACUUGGCCUCGCGUCCCACCACGUCGCUGGCCCACGAGCUCCAGGGCGGCGACCCGACUUCCUGGGCCAUGCCGGACAGCUACGAUUACCUGACCCCGUACGAGGACGGGGUGUCGCCCACCGCUGACGAGUACCCCGACGCCACCACCGACAACGGCGGCUCUCGCCCCAAAUUGGCAGGUCCCAUCCCUUACUUGCCGAACGGCCCGCGGCGCGCCACCCCGGUGGACGGCUCCGAUGGGAUGGGCGGCUGUCGCCCGGGCUACCAGAUGGUCAACGCCACUUGUCGCUCCCCAUGCGACUUUGACCCCAACUACUGCUACAAUGGAGGACAGUGUUACCUGCUGGAAGACGCCGGAACAUUUUGCAGGUGCAACGUUCAGGACUACAUCUGGCACAAGGGUGCCCGCUGCGAGGCCGUGGUGACGGAGUUCCAGGUUAUGUGUUUGGCGGUCGGUGCAUCGGCCGUGGUGGUCCUGCUGCUCUUCAUGAUGGUGGUCUGCUUCGCCAAGAAGCUUCACAUACUCAAGAUGGAGAAUAAGAAGCUGCGCAGACGCAGUAAGUACCGGCCCACGUCGGAGGCUCACAAUGAUAAUUUCUCGCUGUCCACCAUCGCUGAGGGCUCCCACCCAAACGUAAGGAAACUGUGCGACACCCCUCCUAACGCCCCCCAUGCCCGUGCAUUGGCUUACUAUGAUAACAUUAUCUGUCAGAAAACCAUGAGCAGAUACACGUGGGAGUGUAAGACCAAAGAGGAGUCCGACUGCGAGGAUGAUCCCAAUUCCCAGAAUAAACUGGAGGAGCCGGUGAAGGCCCCGCCCAAGGAAGACGACGCCCUGAACAUCCACAACGCGCUGACGCCCAAACAUGACAACCACAAGUUGCUGGGCGACGACGACUCGGAGGUCAACUCCCUGCAGAACAACAUGAUGUGAAAAAAAACUUUUUCACCAACACACCGAUCGCUGUCCAUCGACCCACUCGAGCCCACCACGCCGCUCCCCACGGGUUCCUCGACCAGCCGCGCCAACGCUGCCGCCCAAACCCGUUCUCGUCCUGUUGCCCCUCCAUCUUCACUUCACUAUCUUGUUGCUGUCACUUAACUGCCCCUUACCUCUUUCACUACACACACACACAUGCACACACACACACAUGCACACACACCUCCCUGCCUGCAUCGUUGUAUUUUGUAAAAAGAUUCCAGAAUUCCAGCGUCUGUAAACGUGGUCAAAAGAAAAAGCUACUGAGAGGUUUUGAUGUUUGUUGACUAAUCCAGUGAGUGUUUAUAAAUAUUGCAAACAAAUCCGAUCGAUGGAUCGACUUCAAACACGACGUGUCUUGUUUUCUUUGAUGUGAUUUCUAAUCCUUUGAUGUACUUUUACUGUUUUUAUUUUCUACUCUUUCAACCAACGAGAAACAACAAACGAGAUUCCGACACUUGUUGAAAUAAAACCUUUUUAACAUGA